AUGUCCCUCACUCCCGUGUUUCGGUAUAUCAACGCCGAGGAAAUGGCGGCGAUCAUCAAGGCCAGCCCCGAUGGCGUGGGGAAGGAUUGGGCCGUCGUCGAUGUGCGCGAUGAUGACUUUGUUGGCGGCAACAUCGUCGGCGCUCUCAAUUACCCCAGUGACACGCUGUUGGCCAAGCUCGACGAGCUUGUCAAGCUCAUGGAAGGAGUACCAAAGGUUGUCUUCCACUGCGCCCUCUCCCAAGUUCGCGGUCCCAAGGCUGCAAGGCGGUACGCUGAGGCCCGCUCUCUGCUGCUCAAAGAUGCGCCGGCGCAGGACAUCCUAGUCCUCCGCGAGGGUUUCUCCGGCUUCCAGUCACGGUACCGCAACGACAAGCAGCUCGUGGAAAAGUUCAACAAGUACUACCACGACUAA